GUGUUGCACAAAGAUAGCUGAAACCAUUUCUCAACAUGCCCUCUUUCGGAUUCUUCAGCAAAAUGGGUCUUCUCGAAUCGAUCCGAGCGAACACGAUCGGUGUUGCAUUGGUUCCGUUCGCGAUCCCGAUUUCCGGGGUCUACCUUCUCAAGAGGAGCAGAUCGAGAGGCUGCUUUGACCCGAAGAAAUUCAAGGAAUUCAGGCUCAUCAAGAAGACCCCGAUCAGCCCUAAUUCCGCGAGAUUCAGAUUCGCUCUUCCCACCCCCACUUCGGUCUUGGGACUUCCCGUGGGGCAACACAUAAUUUGCAGAGGAAAGGACAGAGACGGCAAAGAAGUCAUUAGGCCAUACACCCCCAUCACUCUGGACUCUGAUCUUGGCUACUUCGAAUUGGUCGUGAAGAUGUACCCAAAAGGAAGGAUGUCUCACCAUUUCAGGGAGAUGCGUGAAGGUGACUACCUUACCGUUAAAGGACCAAAGGGACGAUUCAAGUAUAAGCCCAAUCAAGCUCGUGCGUUCGGGAUGCUCGCCGGAGGCUCUGGCAUCACCCCCAUUUUCCAGCUUAUUCGCGCGAUAUUGGAAAACCCAAAGGACAAGACAAAAGCGUGCCUCAUUUACGCCAAUGUUACCGUCCACGACAUACUCUUGAAGGAAGAACUGGACGCCUUUGCCAAGAAAUUUGCCAACCGUUUCGAGGUGUACUAUGUUCUUAGUCGGCCUCCCGAGAAUUGGAAUGGUGGAGGCGGGUAUGUGACGAAGGAGAUGAUCCGAAGCCGCCGCCCACCACCGGCUUCCGAUAUUCGGAUACUAAGGUGUGGUCCUCCGCCCAUGAACAAGGCGAUGGCUGGUCAUCUCAGCGGGCUUGGUUACACGCAAGACAUGCAAUUUGAGUUCUAAUCCAGUAUAGUCGUUUAAAGAGAAAAAGACAACACUUUUCUUCGUUGAAG